AUGGCGGUGGCUUCGCUGCUGCUACAGUCACAAGCAGCGUCAUGCAACGCUGAUAACUGCCUCCGUGGCCUCCGCAACAGCGCCGUCGUCUCACAAGCAGUGGCUUUCUGCAGCACAUACACCGCCGCGGCGAGUCCUGCUACGACUGGCCUGCCAACCUAUGCGUCGGGGUGCGGUGGUAGCGCAGCUAGGAUAUCCAGCGCCUGCGCGUGCCUGAGACCGAGUACGACGACGGUGACGCCUACCACGACGCCCAUGCCACAGACGACGACCUGUCCCGUGUCGGUCAGCACGUCGACGGUGACGAGCGUCACGACAGUCACGUCCAUCGCGACGGACCCGACGGUAGCAGGCCCACCCGGCAGCUCCAACGUGCCAAACGCCCUCUUCGAGUCGGGUGACGGCUCGGGAGACUGGUGCCGCAACGUUGACCAGAGCCCGUGCCGCAUCGUGCGGACAUCGGCGGACGGUUCCUUUUCGGGCCUCUUUGGCGCUGGCAUGCUUUACGUGUCCCUCGACAACGAGGCGUUUCGCAACUUCGCGGUGGCGGUGCCCGUGACGUUGUACCCCAACCCGGCGGGCCGCGACUGGCGGCUGACUGCGAGUUUCCGGGCUGCAAGUGGGAACCCGGGGGGUUGUGGUCCCAUUCUGGGCUGGACCAGUGACGAAGCAGGCUACGGGUUGCAGCCGGGCUCCAUCGCAGGAGGCCUAUGGCGGUCGUUCAGCGUGACACUACCCCAGAGUGCAAACGGCAGGGCAGGUGUCUGGAGACAACCGUCGAUACACGAAAUCACCUCCCCCGAACCCCGCCUCGGCCCCUCGCUUCGCCCCAAUAACCCAGCCGCGUCCGGGGUCCGGCAUGGUCACCCCGAAAGGUACCACCGAGAUCCUACGGCGCCCUCGUCACAGACGCGCCCACGUCCCCGCCGCCGCGUCGGCUCCGGCUCCGGUGUCGAUCUCAAGGCCAUCAACGCCCGCCUCGAGCGCUGGGCCGACGAGAUCGCUUCACGCUUCAAGCGCUCCCGCGCCCAUAACAAGCAGCCCGGCGAGGACGACCGCCUCGAGAUCCACCACUCCGUCUUCCAGCCCCCGGAGGGCGUACGACCUCUCACUGCCGAGGGGCUCGCUGAGCCCCAGCCUGUCAUGUCGCGCGCCGAGUUUGAAGAAAUUGUCGGCAGUGUGCGCACCGCUAUCGCUCAAGGCGUUCAUCCACGCAUGAUAUCACAGGGCAGCUCGGGGAGUUACUUUGCACGGAAUCCCGAUGGCAAGAUUGUCGGUGUCUUCAAGCCCAAGGACGAGGAACCUUAUGCUGCCGGCAAUCCCAAAUGGAACAAAUGGAUCCACCGCAACCUGUUUCCUUGCUGCUUCGGCCGCGCUUGCCUCAUCCCCAAUCUCUCAUACGUCAGCGAGGCCGCCGCCUAUACUCUCGACUGCCAACUCCGCACUCAUAUGGUCCCGUACACAGAGGUGGUUAACCUAUCUUCAAAGUCGUUCCAUUACCCUUUCUGGGACCGCCGCAGCUUCUCCCGCAAGAAGAAGGCCCUGCCUGAGAAGGCCGGCAGCUUCCAAGUCUUUUUGACAGGCUUCAAGGACGCGAACAUUUUCCUGCGAGAGCACCCAUGGCCCGACCAGUACUGUCCGGCUUCCGCACAAAUGACCCCCACCGCAGAGGAGAGGCGGUGGGCUGAUAACUGUCGCCCUUGGUGGAGUGAGACAGCCCUGGCCCUACGUAAGGUAUUCCAAGUUGAUCCAGACUUCCAAGAAAAGAUGUUCGCCCGCCAGAUGGCCGUCAUGAAGGGCCAGGCCUGGAACGUCGUCGAGACGCUCAAGCUCGCCGAUCACGGGCCUCUGGAGCUGACCCGUCGCGCCAAGGUCUGCGUUUGGGACGAUCUCGUCGACAUACCCGUUGCCUUCCCCAUGCGCAUGUCUUCCGAGCUGCGCCGCCGUGGGGAACACUCCUCCCUCGACGAGGGCGACAUUGGCGUUGCCGCCGCUUCAGCACCCGUUCAUGGCCCCGACAGUGACGCCGAGGAUCUCCUCGGCUUCGCUAGCCCCCCAGCUGAUAUGCCGCAUCCCGGCCGGUUCGAGAUGCCGAUGUCGCCUGGCGCCGACGAUGCGCAAUCGCCGGUGGAAGACUCCCAUAUGAAUGGAUCCGGGUACCUUGAUCAGCACUCUACGUCGACGCCCCAGCGGCCCAGGAUCCCCGUCCCGGGCUUCCGAGAGAGUUACCACGGCCCUUCGCGAUCGCUCAACGUGUACGCACCGCAGCGCCAGGGCCAGGGCCCAUACACAGGAUCUGGCCCGAAGCAGCAGCGUAGGUACUCCUUCGCGACAGCCGCCACGCGCCGCAGCAGCAGCAGCAUUGCGCAGCAACUGUACGGUGGCGGUAGCAGGGAAUACGAUCCCGAGUAUGACGGCGAUGACGUCGAGGGUGACCUUGGCUAUGCCGCAGCCGAGGGCAUGGAGGGUAACCAUCGCAAGGUCAUUGUGGAGCGGCUCGAGCCUGUCAAGGCACGGAAUCCUGUCUUUACCUGUUGGUAA